AUGAAGCUAUACGAUCUGGUGGUCACGGCGGACAAGUAUGACUGCAUGGCGCUGUUCCAGCCCUUCGUUGCGCAUUGGGUCCUGUCCCUACAGGUAGGCGACAAGCACGAGCAGAGUCUCUUGCGUCUGAGCUGGAUCUUCUAUCAACUGGGCCAUAAGGACAAGUACGAAGAAACUGUGACACGACUCGUCAUGGACAUGCCAAAUGGAGCUGCCGUGGAGGGUGCUUCGACGCCUCGUGUCCUUCCUCCAGGGCUAGUCGACUACUUGAAAGGCAAGAAGGUCAGGAUGAUCGAGGCAUUACUUCGUCCCAUCCGCACCAACAUCGACAAACUCCUGAAAGGCUGUGCAAGUGAGAACAGCCUGUGCCUACAACGACGCACCAACAACGACGGUCCCAACCAAUGCGAGUCAUACAUGCUGGGUAACUCCCUGCGCCAGCUGUAUGAGAACCAGAUCUGGCCCCUACCGGACCCAAAAGAAGUGUUGUUGUCACCUAGGGCGUUGUUGUCACCUAGGGCGUUGGACGGCAUCAUCACGGAUUUGGCCGGUUCUUGCACCGGCCUUUCCCUGGCGGGCCACAACUUGCGCAGGGCUAUAUCAGAGCCGGAGCGAACGGCGGAUCCGUCUAAGAAGAAAUAG